AUCGACUGCAACUUGCAACUUCACUUCAUCCAUUGACAAAACCCCAGACGGCUUUCGCUUCCACACUUGGAGUCGACACCACUACGUCGGCUACCUAAUCAACCAUCAGAACAGCCCGUAACUACCUGUUUGGCCUGUUCGGGUCGGUGCGGUUUCCGCGGGCUGUCUGCCCAACUCAGCUCAAUUGACCUCCCACAAUGGAUUCCGCUCCCGCACUGCACAGAUGCACCCGUUGUGUGCUGUCUCUGUCCCAGUCCUCUACGCGCACCAUCAUCCGCACAGCCCGAAAACAACCACAGUCGCAACACCAGCAGCGUCAAUGUCAAUCGCUACUUAUCCAAAAUACACGGCAAUUCUCCACCUCCCAAGGUCGACAUGACACCCCUUCUCCUCCCAGUCCUCAGCCGGCAUCAGCUUCGUCCGAGCAGCCGUCGUCGAAACCGGCCCCGGCGCGGCCAUCGAUCAAAGACCUCCUCCGCGACCUACGAGCGAAAGAAGAUGUCAAAAGCGGUGGCCAGUCCGUAAGCGAGCGGAUGGACGCCCUGAUGGGGCGAAGACAAGACGGGGGCCGCGCAUCAUCCUUCACAGACAUCAUGGGCCGAGGACGAGGAGGCGCGGGCGACCGAUUCGACCAGAACAAGAUCCUUGAUGAGCUCAGCCAGGAACUGCACGAGACAUCGUCCAUUUCUCUGCGGCUGAGACCGACGCUGGGCCGGACCGUCGACGCCUUGAACGGGGAUGCGUCCAAGGGAUUCCGGAUCUUGGAACGGAAAUGCGCGGACAACAAGGUCCGCCAAGAUGCGAGGAAGCAGCUGUUCCACGUCCGGCGGGGACAGUACAAAAAGGAUCUCCGGCGGCAACGAUGGCGAAAAUUGUUUUUGGAGGGCUUCAUUGCUGAGUGUGGUAGGAUCCGUCGAAUGAGGAAGCAGGGCUGGUGAAAUCCCAUAUACGUAUUGUACAGCAUACAAACAGAGCUUUUCCUUCCACAGAAGGAGGAUUGUCAGUGACCACUCUUCGUUUUGUGUUGAUACGGACGGGUCUUUUUGGUAUUCAGAUUCUCUUACACGUUGAAGGCUUACAAGGCACCGAUUAUGGCGUCUAUGGGUUGUAUGAGGAUUCAGAACCGGUACUAGACGUAGAGUCGAGAAGUAUUACAAUGUCAUCCUCGUUAUUUUGAGCCUCGAUGCAAGUCAACUCAAGACCAUGAUCGUCUGGGCACCAGCACUGUAAAAUAGAACAGGACAAAACAACAUGAAAAUUGCCAUCCAAUCCCUUACAGACGGGAGACUGCCUACUAUCUACCAG